AUUAUUAUAAUCUCUAAAAUCAAGGAGUAUUUCUAAUUUUCCAAACUUGCUGCUAAUCUUUGUUAAAAGAAAAUUAUCGAUAUAUUUUUGAUAUGCUACAAUAUAAUUAGUUAUCGAGUAUUUAUAUUUCUGCGUUCUCCAUCUGCUGCCGGUCUGCGAACAUUAAAACAUCGGUCAUUCUUACAGGAGCCUGACAGUAAUAAUAAAAUAAAAAAAUUUAUAAAAACUAUCUAUGAUGACUGAUCCGAUGGAAAUAUUGCAUCUUGCUUUAGAGUGUGAACACUCUGGUGAACCUGAGGAAUCCAUUCCUCUUUAUCAAAAGGCAAUUGAUUUGUUUAUUUCAGAAAUGGAAAAGCAAUCAACUCUGGCACAGCAGAAUUUGUACUUUAAUUUCAUACUUAAAUACAUUGACAGGAUUGAAGAAAUCAAGAAAAAAUUAUCCAAAAAAAAUAAUGCAAAAAAUCCGCAAGAAAAUACUGCAGCUGAAAAGAAUGUUGGCGUUGGGAUAACUUAUAAUGAUACUGUAGAUGCAUUAGAAAUGUCAAUUAACACAGAAGAAGAAGUCUCACUUGACACAGAAGAAGACAUUACUGCCUCAGAUGAAAGUUCAAAUUCUUACUAUUACUUGAAUUCAUCGGGAAGCGACACGUCUAUUAAUUCCGAUCAUGUUUCGUCAAACUAACUUAUUUAAAAUUUCUUUUCUGAGUUCAGAAUAAAUUAAAGUUUCUAUGAAAAAUCUAUUAUCUACUUAAAUUAAGUACAAA